AUGGUUUCGUUGGGGGAAGAAGAGCUGAUGCGGUACUUGGCCCAAAUCGACCUUGAUGCGCUCCGGCUCGAGCCAAGUCCUCACCCAGUCCGUCUCCCGCUCCCAUCAGCCCACCGACUCCUCAGCAACUUCCAGAUCGCAACGCUGAAAACGGAAAUGAUGUCCGUUGCUUCAACAGCAGAGAAGAAGAUGUGCCCAACUAACUUGUCUGAGUCUACGAGCAAGAAAAAGCUGUUCAAGACCCAGAAGCAACUUCCAGCGAUAGUGAAGUACACGAAGCAUUGCCGAAUAAUUCAACCGGCGUUGAAAGCCAUAUGCAGUCUACUGGUUCGGCGAGCGUGUAUUAUACAAGAUAACAGCCUCGAGGCAGACUUUGAGGAAGUCGUGGACCACGACGAAUAUUCCACUGAGUCUGGUGUCGUAGCCGAUUAUCAAACGGCCGCUGGGGUGGAGAAGACAAGCGACGACGAUCUGUGUGAGCCAGCAAGCGAUACGGAAGGCAAAGCCAAUCGUGUUACACGUACUGAUGGCCCGCGAGCAUUUGUCGUAUUUGAGUCGGAUGCUGAAAACGACAAUAGAGACUGGGAUGACGACAACCAGUCUGUGGAGAGUGUCGAUGAGUCGAUACCAAUACCUCCUGAGUUGCACUAUGACAACGAAAUGAUAUCAGCAAUUGGAGAUUAG